AGGAAGCGAAACAUGCUUAGAACUUAACUGCUGGACUUAGAGCCAUGGAGUUGCUUCGCUAGUGCGGGUCCAGAAACUAACUACGGUUUAAUAAACUCCUUCAGGUUUCAGUUACUUAAAGCGUUAUUAUCACUUCAUCUCGAUGACGGAUUAUUUAAGGACCUGCUAGUAAAUGAACUAGUGGAUUACAUCUCUUGGCUAACGGUGGGGCGACCUGAACCGUAUAAAAGCAGUGCAACAUUUAUCUGUCAGUGAUGAGCCUCAUGACUUGAAUCAUCCACACAGUUUUGAGGUGGACUUGAGGAGAAACACUGGAACAGGUGGGGGAGUUUCUUCUGUAAGAAGUGUGAAACAUGCCCUUGCCGUUUGGCUUUAAGCUCAAAAGGACUAGAAGGUAUACAGUUUCGAGCAAGAGUUGCCUCGUCACUCGGAUCCAGCUCCUCAAUGGAGAGUUUGUGGAGUUUACUCUGUCUGUGGAGAGCACUGGGCAGGAAUGUUUGGAGGCAGUAGCCCAGCGACUCGAGUUAAGAGAGAUUACAUACUUCAGUCUGUGGUACUUCAAUAAGCAGAACCAGCAGAGAUGGGUGGACCUGGAGAAGGUGCUAAAGAAACAGCUGGACAAGCACGGCCAGGAGCCCACUGUUUACUUUGGAGUGUUGUUUUACAUACCCAGUGUCAACCAGCUGCAGCAGGAAAUAACAAGAUAUCAGUAUUACCUACAGCUGAAGAAAGAUGUUCUGGAGGGCAAAAUCUCAUGCUCGCUGGACCAAGCUAUACGUUUAGCUAGCUUAGCUGUGCAAGCUGACUUUGGAGAUUUCAAUCGCUAUGAUUCCCAGGAUUUUCUACAGAAGUUUGCACUGUUCCCCAUUGACUGGAUUCAGGAUGAGCGGGUGCUGGAGGAGGCCACGCAGAAAGUGGCUCUCCGAUAUCAGUCGCUAAGAGGUUUGCCAGCAUCGGAUGCAGAGAUGUUGUACAUGCAGGAGGUGGAGAAAAUGGAAGGUUACGGCCAGGAGAGCUAUCAAGCAAAAGACAGCACAGGCACAGAUGCUACUCUGGGAUCCUGCCUUGAUGGGAUUGUUGUUAAAUAUAAGAAUGGACGUCCUCCUCUGUUGUUCAGGUGGGAUGAAAUCAACAACAUGACUCACAACAGGUCCUUCUUUGCCCUGGAGCUGACCAACAGGGAGGAGAGUGUUCAGUAUCAGACCGAAGACAUGGAGACCUCUAAAUACGUGUGUCGCAUGUGUCUCGCCAGACUCAAGUUUUAUAAGAUCAACAAGAGCAGCCUAGAGGAGUGUGUCCCCCUGCCUUCUGAGGGCUCCCAGAAGUCCCUUCUCACUCUGUCCUUUCCUCGUUUCCCAAUGCUCUCUCGCACCUCUCUGCCUUCAGAUAAGGGCCAAGCCCAACAUGCAGCCGUCAACCCGGUCAGACGGAGGUCUUCUACCAGAAUGCCUCCGCCAAAGCCUCAGGCCUACAUGAUGCCUGCGUCACAGAUGCACUACAACGGUCAUUUCACCGACUACACAUCAUCUCAAGACAACCUGUACAUGAACACUCAGAACGGGUUCUACUACCACUCUCAGACCAGUCUGGACCGCUUUCCUAUGGAAUACGGCAGCGGAGGGCGUUUGCGUAACGGCAGUGUGUACAGCGCCCACAGUACGAGCUCCCUGACCAAUCCCCAGCACUACCUUCAGCCAUCACCCAUGUCCUCCAACCCGUCCAUCACCAGUGACAUUACCAGGCCGGAUUUUGUUCCCUCCCACCGUCACAGCGCUCUCAUCCCACCCUCCUAUCGCGCCACUCCAGAUUACGAGACAGUGAUGCGGCAGAAGAACCGAGGUGCAGGCGGAGGAAUGGUUUUGUCUCAGGAGCAUCGGCAGAGUCUCUCCAUGAGGAACUUGCAUAUCGGAAACUCGUAUGCCUACAGUAGACCAGACCCUCUAGUUUACAGCCAGCCAGAGAUCCGGAUAGAACAUGGUGGAACGUCCCAUCACCACCAGUAUCCCUUCCAUCUGGGCUCCAGCUUCCACAGUCCUUCUCCAUACCCCUAUCCUGUGGAGAGGAGGCCCGUUGUGGGAGCUGUGAGUGUCCCGGAGCUCACCAAUGUCCAGUUACAACACGCACAAGAGUAUCCUGCCACCAACAUCAUGAGAACACAAGUCUACAGACCCCCCCCACCCUACCCGUUCGCCCACCCUCGCCCUGCCAACAGCACACCUGACCUUUCUCGUCACCUGUACGUCAGCAGCAGCAAUCCAGACCUGAUCAUCACCAGGCGUGUCCAUCACUCAGUCCAAACCUUUCAGGAGGACAGCCUGCCGGUAGCACACUCGUUACAAGAGGUCUCAGAGCCGCUCUUCAGUGGACUGCCACACCGACAGCUGCACCACGCUCAGAAACGCAACUCCAUCGAGAUCGCUGGUUUGGCUCACAGCCUGGAGGGGAUGAGGCUCCAAGAGCGAGCCAUGUCCUCCUCUGCAGCAGAGGCGACCGCCCCGUCGGCGGAGGUGCACGCCGGUCACUCUCAGGAGUCCCAGCUCAACGUGUUCCUGGAACGAAUAAAGACAGAAGAGAGGGGGGACGUGAAAGAGGACGUGCAGUACGGCCACAAGAAGUCUCUGUCCGAUGCUACGAUGCUCGUUCACAGCAGCGGAGAAGAGGAAGAGUUUGAGGAUGAAAAUGGACGUCACACUCCACUUUCACUGGAGGCCGUCUCAGGUGUGAUUCCUGAGCAGCCGCCACAGCAGCACCGCAGUCUGACGUCCCUCUGUUCUCUAACUGCACAGCAGCAGACUCCAGCCGAACCUCCUCCUGCUUACCCCAUCGGGUCUGCCCUGGACCCCUCUAUCAGCAGCUCGUUGGUCUACAAAGUCCACCCUCUGAUCCAUAAAGGCGAGCCUCUUUACCUGCUGUCAGAAAUGCGGCAGCCUGAGAUCAUGCCAUCGGUGUCGGAGGGAGAUGUCAGCGAGCAGGUCAGCGAAAAGCCCAAGAAAGACGUGAAGAAAAGGCCGGAUGGGUCAGAGAUUCCUCCUGGAAGGAAAACAGCCGAGGGUUUACCUCCCCCGGGGAUGAAGAAAGGAUCCAGGUCAGAGGUGAGGAAGAUGGGCCCUCUGAAGGUGGCCCGCCUCAAUGGCCUGUCAGUGUCCAGGAAGUCGGCGCACGAGGAGAUCAAGGACGAGCCGGAGCAGUCGUCGAACGAUGAGAAGUGUCGGCUGCUGGAGGAGCACUUGGAAAGAGGCGAGCUGUUCAAGGAGUUUGAGAGCAUCCCGAAGCGCCGUCUGGGAUCGGAGUGCAACGUAGCUGGAAAUCCAGAAAAUGUCGAGAAGAACCGCUUCCUGGACGUCCUGCCCUAUGACAACACCAGAGUGGAGCUGGUUCCCACUAAAGAGAACAACACGGGCUACAUCAAUGCCUCUCACAUCAAAGUGAGAGUAGACGGACAGGAAUGGAGCUACAUCGCUGCUCAGGGUCCCAUGUCUCACACAUGUCAGGACUUCUGGCAGAUGGUGUGGGAGCAGAGUGUUUCCAUCAUCGCCAUGGUUACUGCUGAAGAGGAGAGCGGUCGAGAGAAGAGCUACCGUUAUUGGCCCCGGCUCGGCUCGCGACACAACACGGUGACCUAUGGCCGCUUUAAGAUCACCACGCGGUUCCGCACGGACUCUGGCUGCUACGCCACCACGGGGCUAAAGAUCAAACACCUUUUAACGGGACAGGAGAGGACCGUCUGGCACCUGCAGUACACGGACUGGCCCGACCACGGAUGUCCCGAGGACUUUAAAGGAUUCCUAUCGUACCUGGAGGAGAUCCAGUCUGUGAGGAGACACACGAACAGCACCAGCGACCCAAAGAACAUCAACCAGCCCGUGGUGGUCCACUGCAGUGCCGGAGUGGGUCGAUCCGGUGUCGUCAUCCUGUCUGAGCUCAUGAUCGCUUGUCAGGAGCACAACGAGUCGAUGGACGUCUCGAGGAUCCUGAGGGAGCUACGUGAUCAGAGGAUGUUGAUGGUCCAGACGCUGUCUCAGUACACCUUCGUCUACAAGGUCCUGAUCGAGUACCUCCGUAACUCCAGGCUGAUCUGAUCACAGGAGCUUUUAGUGUGAUGAAUAAUUUAAAAAUGGAUUUAACAUUGAUGCCAAAGGACACCGCAGAAAUGCAGCUUCUCACAUCUGUUAAGAGACUCCGGGCCCGGGUGUUGAGUAGAAAGGGUCAGAUGGAAUGGAGAAGACGUGAGACUGUGACCUGCCUCUAAACAGUAUUAUCAGAAAUCCCAGCACUUUCUCAUAACCACCAAUAUUCCUCUUCAUUAAACGGAGGCUUUAUUACAGCUGUGGUUCGUUUUUAAGAGUUAUCCCAGUGUGUUUGGAUGCAUUUAUUCCCACAUCAGUUCAUUCAUGUUCCUCUGCUGUUUAAAAAAUCCACUCUGCUGCACAUUUGGAAUCUUUGGAAAACACUGGAAUUGUGGGAAUCUUUAUGAAGAGCUGCAUUCAUUUGGGAAACAGUUAAAAUAUCUUAUUUUAUUUAAAAAUUCUACUGGAAACGUUACCUUUUUCAGAGUUAAACCGGAGCAGAAUCAGUUUAUAUUUAUUGAUGUGAGCCUCGUUCUUGAAGGAGUCAGUUGGAAGAAGGGAGGAAAAAGAGCUUUUAAACAAACGUGGAGAAAAUUGUGUGUGUGUGCGUGUGUGUGUGCGCGGUGGGAUUUGGCUGCCUUGUGACCUGGUGGUGCUCUGAGGGUCAAGCAUGAGACCGUCUCCUCGACCCUGAACUGUGAUCGAGCAGAUUCCGAUCACGUGGAAAUCCGAAUUUAAACUGCACAGAAACAAUGUUUACAUAUUAUUGAAGUUGCUUUUAAACAAAUAUGAAGUCUUGUGAUAAAGGUGCCAUCUUAAUCAGGUGCCCUGGUUGCUGUUGACAAGUUUUUCCAGAAACACUUGUGAUUAGAUCAUAGUGAAUCAAGGAAAAAUGCUUUUGCUUUGAUUCAAUCGACUGUUUCAAACUCCUUUUACAUUUUGUGCUUUUGACGUUACACGAGUUUGGAAGCUAAAGAAAGCUUUUGUGGCCAAAAAUGACAAACGUUUAUGUACAGUUGAGUUUAAUAUUGUACACAAUGUAAAGUUCUGCUUUGCUGAAUAUUGUACAUAAAAUUGUAUAAAUUCUAUGUAUUAAAAACGUUACUGAAUAAAAGUGGAAAAUGA